GUUAAUUUCUUCGUCGCACGGUGUGUCGAUGUUAAACAUUCUGUAUCCGUUCAUAUCGAACUGUUCAGAAAACUUGUCAGAAAACGUUUUAUUCUCUUUGCCCUUUUAAUAUAAUUUAAAUCGUGCGUACAUUUCUAUUCGUUUGGUGCAUUUACAUUAAAUGUUCGACCAUUUUCAAUUUUAAGUACAAAUAAUUGUUUACGGAUUAACGACAGUUCGACACAAAUGUAAACAAUACACUGUUGAGUACAAUUGUUUUUGUAUUGAACUAUUAUAUCAUAUAAAAAUAUUUGUUGAUAAUAAUAGGCGAACCUGAGAACAUAUUACAUUACACUCAAGGGUCUUGUGUUAAUUGUAAUCGUAGCAUUAAUAUUUUGAACUUCUGCAUGAUGUAAAAACAUUUAACUAUCGGAACGAUGUCAGAGUAUAUAGGGUUUGGUAGCCUACCAGAUAUUGUACAUCGAAAAACUGUCAAAAAAGGAUUUGAAUUCACUUUGAUGGUAGUAGGAGAGUCUGGAUUAGGAAAAUCCACAUUGAUAAACACUUUAUUUCUUAGUGAUUUAUACAAAGACCGAAAAGAAUCAAAUUACGAACCUCCCCAAACUGCUAAGGUCGAAAAAAAAACAUUAUGCAUCGAAGAACAAGGCGUUAAGUUACGGCUGACCGUAGUAGACACGCCUGGUUUUGGAUCAUCGUUAAGCAGCGAGGAUUGUAUUAGAUCAUGCUGUGAAUAUGUGGACGAACAAUUUCGAGCAUAUUUCGCAGAAGAAAGCGGCGUUAUUAGAAAGAAUAUUGUCGACAAUCGUGUACACUGUUGUCUAUACUUUAUACCUGGACACUGUCACAACUUAAGACCCAUAGAUAUUGAGUUCAUGCUAAACAUUCACGAGAAAGUCAACGUUAUACCAGUCAUAAGCAAAGCAGAUAUGUUAACAGAAAGAGAAAAAUCACGAGUUAAAAAACGAAUAAAUGAUUCUAUCAAAGAGCACGGAAUUAAGGUAUAUCAAUUACCCGAUUGCGACAGUGAUGAGGAUGAAGAUUUCAAACAGCAAGAUAAAGAACUGAAAUCAUGUUUACCUUUUGCUGUUGUUGGGAGUAAUACAAUUCUAGAAGUUAACGGAAAAAAAAUAAGAGGAAGGCAGUACGAUUGGGGUUUAGUAGAAGUGGAUAAUCCAGCUCAUAGCGAUUUCACUAAACUCCGAAACAUGCUAAUAUCUACACAUAUGCACGAUUUAAAAGAAGUUACUGAGGACGUGCAUUAUGAAAAUUUCCGCACACAACUGAUUUCAAAAAUAUCACAACAGGCGCUUAAAGAUAGAGGUUUGUGUAGGAAAUUAAAAAGAGAUUCCAUACCAAAACUGCCACCCGCGCUUGAUGAAACUGAUAUUUUAUUGAUACAAAAAGAAGAAGAAAUUCGCCGUAUGCAAGACGUACUCAUCCAAAUGCAAGAGAAAUUGAAGACUAACAGCGAAAAAUGUAAUCAAAACCUAUACUUGACAGCUCAAAAAUCGCUGGAAAAUGAAAGCAAAAAAAUUGAAAACGUAAUUAACGUGUGACCUACUAAAUAUAUUAUAGUACCUAAUUUAAUAUUUUUACUUUAGUAAAAUCCUAUAGAGGAUAAUUGUUGUAAUCAAUUGGUGUUCAACUUGAAAAAGUAUUACGAUUAAUAUUUUAAAUUUUUUUAAAUCUUUAUCUGCUUUAUAAUUAUUUUAUUACGUUGUCAUUUUAUAGUUAUGUAAUGUACAUAGGAUGUACAUGUAUUAGUUAUUGUACUGUGUAAAAUUGUAUCUAUAUUUAUUUAAGACUUACCACUAACGGUAAGAAGAAUUGGUUCAAAAAUAGUAUUUCAUGAUUUAACUUUUAAGAUUGUUUAGAAAUGUGUAUCGUCAUGAAAUAAACUCUUGGUCGGUUACGAA